AGUGGUAAGAAGCCCCUCAAGCAGCCAAAUAAGCAGGCUAAGGAGAUAGAAGAGGAAGAUAAAGCAUUCAAGCAGAAACAGAAAGAGGAUCAGAAGAAACUUGAGUACCUAAAAGCACAGGUUGUAGGGAAAGGACGCCUGGCCACAGGUGGAAUUAAGAAAUCUGGCAAAAAGUAAGUUGUUCCUUGGCCUCAGGCAAUGGUGAUCUUUAAUUCCAUUCCUGUUUAAACAUCUGGAUUCCCUGUCAUAGCAUCUGUUGCCACCUAUAGCUAGAAUGAAGUGUUGUCUUAGUUGUACAUUUAAGAAUAAACUUUUGUA